UUCAUUUUGUUUUUACAUUUUAAACUAUAGUCAAUUCGUUACACUCAUCAAAAAAAAAUUGUGUAUUUUUUUAUAUCAGAAACAUGACGGGUUGGCGUGUAUUUUUGGUGCCAGUUAUGUUGCUGAUUGUUAGCGCUUUGAAUUUUAAUUAUAAUCAUCCAUAUAAAUUACAAUGUGAUUUCGACGAUUCGGUCAAUAUAACGGACGGUGUUCGGCAAGCAGAUGACAGUAUUCUAUUUGAUAACAUCAAAUAUGAAAAAGACACAUACAAAAUGAUAAAUUAUACCUACACAUGGGAAUCAGAAGUGCAAACAUUUCGCAAAACGGAUGCUUACAUCCGUGGUUGUAUUCCAAAAUCGAAGCCAUUCAUUCGUCUUUUCUGUCGCCGUGGCGUUGAAAAUCGAAAUUGUCCAAGCCAUUCGGCAAUUCGGAAUCAUCCACAGAAAAUAAUCGAUGAAAAUAAUGAAGAAAUUACGGUGACACUUGAUGAUCACUUCGGUUUCCAAUUUGAUGCUCCAUGUAAAACCACAUGCCCGGAAAUUAAUUAUACACUAUUUUAUAAUGGCAAUGUUUCAAUUUCGGAUGAUGAUUCAUUGAAUAAGAAUCAAUAUAGUUUGGAAUUUUACAAAAAUAACGAAACUAAUGAAAUUAUAUCAGUUUUACAUAUGUGCUGCAAAGAAAUGGACGGAAUUAUAAUCCAUCAAAGACAUCAAAAAACCAUAAUCAAUACAGGUAUGGUGAUUUCGGAAAUUCUUCUUGCAAUAACAUUUCUCAUUUACUAUCGUGCAAAGAAUUUGGAUAGAUUCUACGGAGAUAUGUUGUUAUGUUAUUUAUCUGGGCCAGUGAUUGCAUUCGCAUUGAUUCUUUUUUCAAAAUUUAAUAAAGAAAUUUCCACAAGUCAAAUCUACGAUGCACUCGGAUAUAUCGUUUAUUUCACUUUUGUUUCAUCAUUCAUUUGGAUAAGUGUGAUUAGCUUUGAUUUGUGGAAAAAUCUUCGGUUAUUCCACAUCCACACAUUUACCGUCAUUUCGCGGAGAAAACAACUUUUCUCCUACAUGUUUUAUGCAUAUGGUUUAGCAUUAUUUUUUACAAUAUUCUUUCAUAUAUAUGAUGGAAAAAUAUCCGACGCAGAGAAGAUAGCAUCGUGUUUUUUAGAUGAGAGUUCAAGUUCAAUGUGUUUCAUUUAUUACAUUCCCAUUUGGAUUAUUUUUAUCGUAUCGCAAGCUUUCUUUACAUUGUCAAAAAUCCAAAUGCACAAUUCAAGUGAUAAUGAACAUCGCCAAUCGAAUAAUCAGAAAAUCAAGCGACAACUGAGCCGAUUUAAUGAUGGAGACAAUUUUGCAUUAUAUUGGCGCUUACAUAUAUUAAUUUGUUCUGUAUGGGUACUGGAGGGCGCUUCAUUCAUACUAGUGGCCAUACCAAAAAUUCAAUUCUUUGCGAAUUUCUUGUUUGCAUUACAAGGACUUUCGACGUUCGUUAUAUUUGUGAUGAAUCGACAUGUUUUGCAUUUGAUUCAUAAAAGUUGUCAAAAUGUGGUCAGUAAAACACGUUCAAUCGAAAUAGAAAAAAACAAUUCGGUUCGAGCUGUGACGUUGUGCGAAAAAUACGAGACAAAUACCAACAAUCAACCGGACAUCGUAGUUGAAAACACAAGCGUUUAAUAUAUAUUUGAUGGAAAACCAUGUAGUCAAGCGUACGCGUCUUGAUAUCACCUUUAUUGGACUGCGCUUUAUGUAUAUUCUACGCCGGCGGAAUAUAUGAUCACAGUUAAAUUAAUGUCAAUUACAAAUUUAUUGAUUGUAAACAUUUGAUAUUAUAUUUUAAUUUAUGCACAAAAAAUAAAGAAAAAAA